AGGCGACACAAUGAAAACUGAGUCCCGCUUCAGGCUGUGGGUCAGACUCUUUUCUUUGCUCUUUAUCUGUGAACAAGAGGAACAAUAACAGCUGACACACCGGCGAUCACAAAGAGGGCAGACAGCAGUAUUAUCUGUGACAGCAGUGAUGGAGGAGUAUAACUCUGGAGAGGAGGUGGUCUUCAAUCCUGAUGAGACUAGUAUCUCAAUUAAAGAGUGCAUUGAAGGCGUCAUCGGUGGAACAGAUUAUAACCAGAGUAAAAUCAACCAGUGGACGGCCAGUAUAGUGGAGCAUUCGCUGACUCACUUAGUGAAACAAGGGCGGCCGUUCAAAUACAUAGUGAACUGUACGAUCAUGCAGAAGAGCGGCGCUGGGCUCCACACAGCCAACUCCUGCUACUGGGACACAGCCACUGACGGAAGCUGUACCGUCAGGUGGGAGAACCGUACCAUGUACUGCGUGGUCAGUGUGUUUGCUGUGGCUGUGGCGCUGUGAUAGCUGAGCAUCCUUGCACCCACCUCCCGGUCUUCGAACACGUGUCACAGCUCAAGCUGUGCUUGAAAUGACAGAGAAGAUCCUCUGAUUAUACCCUCUGGUAGACGCUGACCUACAAGUAUCUAUUUCUCCCCACAGGCAGGAACAACAGUUCUGGUUUGUGAGUCGGCAGCCUGUGGAUGUGUGCAAGUUUGACAGUGACAAAAUGUUUGGUCUGGACUGGAGUUAUAGUCACCUGUUGGAGUACCCUGUUUAAAAAAAUACUCAGGCAUUUCCUUUGGCCCACAAGUACCACAUGUUGACUGUAUUUUAAGAAUUUUUUCCCCAAUGUGUAAAAUUGGUGUCUGCUGCACUCACAACCUGAUGGAAAUGUCAAGUUGUGUGUGCAGCAGGAAGUUUGUAUCUCAUUGGGUGGUUUCCUGUUAAAUUUAGUGCUGAUGUUCAUGCAUCCCUCAGGAAAAACAAUGUUAAUAUUAACAUUAACCUGUCUAAUGUAAUAAUUGAUGACAUUCCUUCAGUCUCAGCUGUGCUUUGUGCUGCUAAUUAGUAAAUGUUAGCAUUCUAAAUAGACUCUAAUAAAACUGAGCUGUGGCUGUAAGAAGUUUCGUAUAUUAGAAAAGCUGUCUUUAACUAAGUCGUGCCACUACAGUCUUUGUGUUUCUAUUAGUCUAAAUUGAUAUUUUAAUAACUUUAUUAAAGUGUUUAGACAGGACUGUGUGUAUUCAUGUGAUGCAUUAAAUGCAGGAAUAAUUUCUUUAUCUGUACAAAGACCGCAGCUCUUCUGUAUAAUUGAGUUAAUUAAGGCUGUUUUUGUUGAUUUCUGUCCAGUGAAGUCAUUAAAUGUGUUCCACAGUCUGCUGUUU